AUGGAACAAAUAUACGCGCUUGGUAUAACAUGUAUUGAAUUUGUUCAAGAAUGGUUUUCUGGCAGUGAAUGGUAUUUUGAAAUUGUGAAUAAUUUAUCAAACCCACACCAUUUAACCGAAAUCUUGUUUCCUUUGAUAACUGUUGUGGAUUCUGUGUUUGGCGCUCAGUUGCUACUAUGUAUGGCAUUUGGUGGAUGGCUAACAUCUCUUCUCAAAUGGUGUCUCCAAGAAGACCGUCCGUACUGGUGGGUUCGCGAAACAAGUUAUUACAACACACUAGACAGGCCAGAACUGCGACAAACCUUACAGACCUGCGAGACAGGACCUGGGUCUCCGUCUGGUCAUAGCGGAGCAGCAGCCACAAUCAUUCUACUCAUACUUAUGUGGACCAAGCAUGUAAUGCAUGAUAGACAGUGUUACGUUUUCUGGUGGAAAUACGUAAUGUACCCAAUGUCAGUCUUCGCGAUGGGCUCUGUCGUACUCUCUAGGAUGUAUAUAGCAACACACUUUCCACACCAGUGUCUCAUUGGCGCACUUUUAGGUUCGUUCCUCGCGCCAGCUCUUUGUAUCUACCUCUCUGACCCCUUCGUAUGGCGGUAUGGAGCACAUGCCAAAAUGAACCAUAGGAAGGUGAUGUCAUGGCACGUGUUAGGUUCGGCAGCUACAGUUAUCAUCAGCGUAUUGGCGUACUUUUCCCUCGUGUUAGCUGGACAAGACCCUCAGUGGACAGUCAGAAUGGCUUUCCGGCACUGUGAAUCUCCAGAACAAAUCCAUGUCAGCACCACCCCAGUGUUUUCUCUCGUACAGUGCACUGGGAGUCUUCUAGGGUUAGCUUUAUGUGUCACACCAGCCAUUGCCGAAUACCGCCAUUAUACAAAAAAUCGAUCUCUAAUCAUGUCCGCCAUCGCAACCGCACUCACCGUCUUUACUUUUAGGUACACACUCGAUAAUAUCUGCAAAACAAAUACUUUUAGAUUCUACGCUACUCAUUUUGUGGCAUCGGCUCUCAAACCUAUGAUGUUAUUACGAGUGGUACCGGCUUUUGCUAUGUGGCCGUUCGCAGCUCCUAAAAAUAAAACAGAAUAA